AUGGACUCCUCCUACGUGAAGCCAGAGCCCCAGGAAACGCACGGGAUCUCUCCUGCGAUCCCCUCGUUCGCUGAGAAGUUCGCGGCGCGUUUCAAUGAACUCAAACAGGAGCAGUCCAACAGUAUGCCCUCUGCGAUUGAGACGGUGGCUUCCAGAGCCCCCGGAACUACGGAUGUGGUUGACGGUACCUUGUUGACAGGGCAAACCCCGUCCGUUUCAAGGUCUGCCGUCGAAGACACUCCUGAGCGCGUGGAUCAACCACUCACCCCACAACCACCUGCAGAUAACUCUGUUUCAAAAAGAAAAAGACCUACUGUAGAUCCUUGCAAAUGCACCUGCGCCGUCUCGCGGGAUUGCCCGAGGGCUGCGAGGGAUGGCGUGCUGGACUGUCGCAUUGCCCCAGGGCUUCCCAUCCCCAAACGCAAACACAAACAUACAGGCCCAAAGCCCGCCCGCGAAUCGCAGACCUUCCGCUACAUCUCAAUGAAAGAAAGAGGCCGUCUCCAAAGAUCAGCCGAUGACGUUCUCUCACUCCUGACGCUCUUCAAAAGCGCAUCCAUCGCCCCGGAAAUCGAGCGCCCUGGCAUCUUUAAACGAAUGCGAGGACGCGUCCAACAACUCCAAUUCUACGACAUCGACACAGCUUUACCUUCCGUCCUUGAAAAAUUCAUGGACCCCACCACCGGCCUUCCAGCCAUUGUCCACAGUACUAGCAGCGCCGUCCCCUGGGACAUCAAGUUGGAUUGCGAAGCGAUCCUCCUCCGCUGGAAAAGUGGAGACUUCGACCCCAGUUUACUACGCGGCAUCAUCUCCGGGGACCGUGUCCGGACCGCCCGCAGACUAGACUCCAGCUACAAAUUCAAACGGGACAGCAUUGUCGUGGGCGACAACGGGCUGCUCAACGGCCAAUGGUUCCCGUUGCAGAUCACCACGAUCCGCGACGGCGCUCACGGUGAGAUAGAAGCAGGCAUCUCCGGCCGCGACAAGAUCGGCGCCGUGUCUAUCAUCCUCAGUUCGGCGGGGAAAGGAUACCCGGACAUCGACCAGGGAGACACCAUCUCUUACUGCGGCACGCGCGGCAAGGACGGCCACAUCUCCGCGGGGACGAACCUGCUCAUCGAAUCCCAGGCGAAACGGAACCCCAUCCGCGUCCUGCGCAGCUCGAAACUGCCGAAGAUUAACCCGUACCGCCCUGUUGCUGGUUUCCGGUACGAUGGGCUCUAUGAGAUUGACGGUGUGGAGUUGCUGGAUUCGCAGACCAUGUUGCAUCGGUUUAGAUUGCGGAGGAUCCCGGGCCAGACUCCGAUUCGGUACCAGGGGGAGGAGAGGCGGCCGACGGAGAGGGAGGUGGAGGAGUGGAAGGCCAUUCAGAAUCUUGAUGCCAGUUCAAGGCUGAAGUAG